AUGGGAAAAGUCCACGGAUCUCUCGCUCGUGCCGGAAAGGUCAAGUCUCAAACACCAAAGGUUGAGCCACAAGAGAAGAAGAAGACUCCAAAGGGACGCGCAAAGAAGAGAAUCACAUACACCCGCCGAUUCGUGAACGUUACUCUUACCGGUGGAAAGAGGAAGAUGAACCCAAACCCAACCACAUAA